AUGGGAGUUGGGUUCUACUAUGGCACGGCGUACUGGAUGCCCAAGGAGCGGACGGUGGUGGUGAAGAACAUUCUGGAUAGGAACGGCGACGCGUAUGGCUUCUACAAUAACUCCAUGCACAGCACGGGCUGGGGCGUCCUGGAGCUCCGCGCCGGCUACGGCUCGCAGAACCUCAGCAACAACAUCCUCAUGUUCGUGGCCGGCUUCCUGGAGGGCUACCUCACCGCCCCACACAUGAGUGACCACUACACCAACCUGUACCCCCAGCUCAUCAAGAAGCCCUCCCUGCUGGAAAAAGUCAAGGACUUUCUGGAGAAGCAGGACACCUGGGCUCGUAACAACAUCAAACUGUUCAAGGAGGACCCAUUCUGGAGGCACACGGGCUAUGUCAUGGCACAGAUGGAUGGGCUGUACGUGGGAGCCAUGAAGAGGUCUCUGGCGGAGGGGAUAAAGCCCUUGACGAUGUUCCACAUCCAGUUUCUCAACGCCGUUGGCGACCUGCUAGACCUGAUCCCUUCCCUCUCUCCCUCGAGGAUCUCUGGCAUGAACCGGAAGCGCUGGGACAUGGGGCACUGCUCUGCGCUCAUCAAGGUGCUGCCUGGGUUCGAGAACAUCUUCUUCGCACACUCGAGCUGGUAUACCUACGCGGCCAUGCUCAGGAUCUACAAACACUGGGACUUCAACCUCAGGGACAGUGACACCAGUAGCAACCGCCACACGUUCAGCAGCUACCCGGGGUUCCUGGAGUCUCUGGAUGACUUCUACAUCCUCAGCAGCGGCCUGGUCCUGCUGCAGACGACCAACAGCGUGUACAACAAGACACUGCUUAAGUCCGUGGUGCCGGAGGCCCUCCUGGCCUGGCAGAGGGUCCGCGUGGCCAACAUGCUGGCCACCAAUGGCCAAGAGUGGGCAGAGAUCUUCUCCAGGCACAACUCCGGUACCUACAACAACCAGUACAUGGUUCUGGACACGAAUAAGGUGAGGCCGCGCAACAGCCUGGACAAGGGCACGCUGUACAUCGUGGAGCAGAUCCCCACCUACGUGGAGUACUCGGAUCAAACUGAAAUCCUGCGCAGAGGCUACUGGCCGUCCUACAACAUCCCCUUCCACAAGAAGAUCUACCGCUGGAGCGGAUACCCGCUGUUGGUCAAGAAGCUGGGCCUCGACUACUCCUACGACCUCGCCCCGCGCGCCAAGGUCUUCCGGCGCGACCAGGGCAAGGUGACCGACCUGGCCACCAUGAAGUACCUCAUGCGCUACAAUAACUACGAGGAGGAGCCAUACAGCAAGGGUGACCCCUGCAGCACGAUCUGCUGCCGCGAGGACCUGAGCUCCCCAGUGCCCAGCCCGGGUGGCUGCUAUGACACAAAGGUGUCAGACAUUUUCUUGGCAUCGAAGUACAUAGCCUACGCCAUCAGCGGCCCCACGGUGCAGGACGGGCUCCCAGCGUUCAGCUGGAGGCUCUUCAACAAAACCCUCCACCAAGGCAUGCCCGAAAUCUACAACUUCGACUUUGUCCUCAUGAAACCCUUCUUUAAUGAUUGACAGAAGCCGGAGGGGGG